ACUACCGCUGCUGGUACUACCGCUGCAGCUACUACUGCUGCUGGUGCCCCUUCUCCUCAUCUGUACUCGCACACGAAGCGUGUGGGGCAGUACCUCCUGGGCAGGGUGCUGGGGGAGGGGGCAUUCGCCAAGGUGAGGGAGGCUGUCCACUACCCCACGGGCGAGAAGGUGGCCAUCAAGGUGCUGGACAAGGCGCGUGUGCGCGGCGACCCGUACCUGUCCCGCGCCGUGCGACGCGAGGCGGCGGUGCAGCGCCGCGCGGGAGCCCACGCGGGCCUCUGUCGCCUCCUGCACGCCCUCGACAGCCCCGGGGCCCUCUACCUCGUGCUGGAGCUGUGCGCCCGCGGGGACCUCGGCUCGCGGGUCGCGACCGACGGCGCCCUCGGGGAGCCGCGCGCCCGCGGCUACGCGCGCCAGCUGCUGGCCGCGGCCGCGCACCUGCACGCGCGCGGCGUGGUGCACAGAGAUCUCAAGAUUGAAAACAUGUUGCUGGAUGAAGAUGACAACAUCAAAAUAAUCGACUUCGGCUUGAGCAAUGAGCUGGCCACGUGUGGGGGUGGGGGUCCCUGCGAGGGGGCUCUGCUGCUGACGCAGUGCGGUAGUCCCGCGUACGCGGCCCCCGAGAUUCUGUCGCAGAGACCCUACGGGACCCCGGCCGACGUUUGGUCCCUCGGAGUGAGCCUGUUCGUGAUGCUCACCGGGACGCUGCCGUUCACCGUGGAGCCCUUCAACAUCAGGGCGCUGCUCACCAAGAUCCUCACCGACGGCAUGAGCCCCAUCCCCGCUCACCUGUCCGCAGACGCUGUCCGUUUCACGAAGUCGCUGCUCAAUCCGGACCCGGCAUUGCGGCCCUCGGCCCGCGAGGCCCUCACGGACGCCUGGCUCCACCAGGACACUCCACCCCCCCAGAGUCCACCCUCCAGGCCGGAGCCUCUGGACGCCCACGUGCUCCGCAUCAUGGCCGACUCGAUGGGCGUCUGGCCCGCAGAGGUGGCAGCAGCGGUGUCGGCCAAUCAGAGCGGGGCGUUGCUCACCACCUACUUCCUGCUGUGCCAGAGGGAGCGUAGGAGGGCGAGGACUGAGAAAACGGUGAACAAGACGGUCUUUGAUGGGGACCCCGUGGACCCCGGAGGACCCUCCCAGCCAAUCGCAGAGCGGCCACGCGCGCCCAGCAGCCAAUCGGGCGGCAGGAACGAAAUUCGAACUGAGCACCUCGUGGCCGUUGAUGCAGACAGAGGCGACCGUGAAAACCCGCUUCCACAUCCCGACCGGGGCGAACAAGGAGCAGAAAUCCGUGGCAGCGGCGGCGGCGGCGGAGGAGAAAUCCGCGGAAUCCCCGCGGGAAUCGUGGCAGCCCCCGUGAUCUACAGACGAAUGCCGACCACCAAGGCGCCCGAGAGGCAGCCGCUAAAUCGGCAGCGCCGGCUAACGAGGGCGACCCAGCCUCCGGGUGACCUGUCACGGGGAAGGAGGCGACGGGAGCCGCGGCGGGGCCGGAGGCGGCGGAGUCGCGGCCGCUGGGACGAGGCGGUGGAGGCUGAUGUUGACAUUCGUGUCGGUGAUCAUAACGAGGCUGCCGCUGCCGCUGCUGCCGCUGAUGAUGAUGAUGCUGCUUGA